GUUGAUUGAAGUAAUGAAAAUAAAAGAAACAUUUGGCAACUUUUAAGAAGAUGGCAAAAUACGAUGAUUUAAAGUUUCCUUAUUGCCAACCAGAGACAAAAUAUGAAAAGGUUCUCAAAAUUGGACAAGGAACGUUUGGGGAGGUGUUCAAGGCAAAGGAUAAACAAAAUCGAAAUAAACUGGUGGCAAUGAAAAAGGUAUUGAUGGAGAAUGAAAAAGAAGGGUUUCCCAUUACAGCUUUAAGAGAAAUUAAAAUCUUACAGUUAUUAAAACAUGAUAAUGUUGUAGAUUUAAUAGAAAUAUGUAGAACUACAGCCUCUCCUUACAACAGAUAUAAAAGUACUUUUUACUUAGUGUUUGAAUUCUGUGAACAUGAUUUAGCUGGACUACUAAGUAAUGCUAAUGUUAAAUUCAAACUUGCAGAAAUUAAGAAAGUCAUGUCACAGUUAUUAAAUGGAUUGUUUUUUAUUCAUAGUAAUAAAAUUCUUCAUCGUGAUAUGAAAGCUGCAAAUAUUUUAAUCACAAAACAUGGUGUUUUAAAAUUGGCAGAUUUUGGACUUGCUAGAGCAUUUAGCCACCCGAAACAUGGACAGGCAAAUAGGUAUACUAAUAGAGUUGUCACCCUUUGGUACAGACCUCCCGAACUUUUAUUAGGUGAAAGGAAUUACGGGCCAGCAAUAGAUAUGUGGGGUGCAGGUCCAAUAAUGCAAGGCAAUACAGAACAGCAUCAGUUACAACUUAUUAGUCAGUUGUGUGGCUCAAUCAAACCUGAUGUGUGGCCAGGUGUAGAGAAAUUAGAUCUGUAUGAAAAACUUGAACUACCUAAAGGACAAAAACGUAAAGUGAAGGAGCGUUUAGAAGCGUAUGUCAAAGAUAAACCUGCUUUAGAAUUAUUAGACAAGUUAUUGACUUUAAAUCCAGCCAAACGGUUGGACAGUGACACUGCCUUAAAUCAUGAUUUUUUCUGGGUAGCCCCAGAACCAGAGGAUCUAACUCAGAUGCUUUCAAGACAUACCACUUCAAUGUUUGAGUAUCUUGCACCACCUAGACGUAGAGGUCAACAACCACCACCCAAACCUGCACCUAAUAAUGACCACCAUUUUGAAAGAAUAUUUUGA